CCCACAAGACAAGCACACGGCUCGGGCAGGUAAACCUGAGCUCCAGGAGGGUCUGUUUGAGGAGCCCACCUGCUGGUGAUGCAGUGUGGGAAGAGAGAGGACACCAGUCAGCGGUGGAUUAAACAAUCUGAGUUUUGAGGCUGUGUAUGGAGUGUCAUCAGUUCUUCAUGAUCCCUCCAUACUCCGUGUGUCUGAUGCCUCUUGUCCCUGCUGACUGUUGAAGGCUCAACAUCUGUUCAUCUCUACGGAGCUUCACUCUCCCUUUCUUUCACUACGCCACCCCUCCAUCCGUCUGUCCAGCAGUCAUGAAUCCCUACGGAAACACAUACUUGAAGUCUCGUCCACAUGAGGAUGUCACUGCUCCUGGAUCUUUACCACCUCCAUAUUCACCUCCUGACCCUCAUGAUAAUUUCCAUAAUCCAUCUCUGUCAGCCACCUUACCUGUUCCUCCAGUCAUUCAGACAGGACAUAGCUACCUGAGAGUUUUAAACCACAACUCCCCUUCCUAUCAGGCCUCAUCAGGCCCAGAUGGAGGUCAGCACCUGGUCCCAUCUCCAGACUGCUCUGCCUCUUCACUCCCAGUGUCAGAUCCAGCCUUCAGCCUGAAAUCGAGCCCAGCUCCAGCGUCGUCUCCAGCUCAAUCUCCUACACUGAACCCUUACCCUGCCCUCACCACACCGCCCUCUUGCCAGGUGUCCAUCAUCAUCCCGUCCCCAGACCUCCGCCCGUCUCCUCUCCAGUCUCAGUGCUCUGAGGAAACCUGCCCGGACCUGGAGUGCUCCAUCUGCUUCAGCCAGUUCAACAACAUCUUCCGCUGUCCCAAGGUGCUUCAGUGCAAACACACGUUCUGCCUGGAGUGCCUGGCACGCAUCAACGUCAAGUCAGCUCAGCCCAACGCUAUCCAGUGCCCGCUGUGCCGCAGUUUCACACCUCUGCCCAACCUCGGGCUACCCAGACUUGCCACAGACUCAGACGUGCUGUCUUACCUGCCGGCCGCCAUGCAGAGAGUCUACAGCAUCCGCUUCAUCCGCAACAAAGGGAAGCUGCAGGUUAAAAGGUCAGGCUGUUGAAAUAAUCAGAAAUCAGA